UUUAGUGUCGGCGGCCGCGCUAGCCGUUAGACUUUUGAGGGUGUUUUCCCCGCCUUAGAGCAGCUGUUGCAACGCGCGGACGCGCAGCACAGUUACGUCGGACCGAAAACGUCUGUACAGUGAUGCACAAGUUGUUCUGCAAGUCCAGGAUGCAAAGGACACAUUCCUGAAAGGCCGAAAACAAUGACUAUCCGAGCCAGCUGGUGUAACGUCGAAGUAGGAAGCAUCAACUUGAGCUUGAGGAGAACGAAGUAUACAGGAGGCUCACGAAUCAGCACUCACUUUAUCACGCGUGCCCUUUGGACUGGCUUGCUAUGGCCGCUGGACCAGAAUCCGCUUUCAUGGCUUGGUUGGAAGGUCUUCGAAGAGAGGUACACGCGGCAAUACGAGAAAGACGAUUCUCCAAAAAAUCCAGGGAACAUUGCAUCGCAAGAGUGAAACGGUGUCUCGAUGCUGCACCCGCUCAUGUCGAGCAAAUAUGGUGUGACCCCGACGGAUUCCACAGACGCUGUGCGAUGUACGAAGCAAUUAGACACAACGCAUUUGAUGUCUACUGCCUUCUUUUGUCGCGCGGGUGUAAGUUCAAAAACGACGAGGAAAAAGACAAAAGCUUUCUCCCCAUCGACAAAAACGAGCACAAGGAAAUACAAAUAUCCGAAGUCCAAUACCAGCUAGCCCGUUUCGUGCCGCAAAAUGAGGACGCUCAUGUGGACUACCUUCAAAGUAGGUCGUACAGCGUAACGCAUCGCGAUCGCUUUACCGAAGAAGUUGGCGACAUGUUCAGGGAACUUGAUCAAGAUGAGCUCAUAAGAAUGGUUCUCAAAGUAGCAGCUACGUCAGGAGCCGUACGCAUCUUUUUUGAUAAUGACAUCUCAGAUGUUGAGUGCAUGACUGCACGGCGGCUUAACAAUGCUGACGCAAAAAUAACGGUUGGACUGACAGAUACUCUGAGAUAUACAAUCCACAUCGCUGGGAAGAGGAAUCGAGAGGACGUUCUUGGAACAUUGGCACAUGAGCUGUGCCACUUGGCAGUUUUCUUGGUUUAUAGAAAUCAAUGCAAGCCUUAUCAGUCUGACGAAAGUGGUAAUAAAGAAAGAUAUCAGAGGGUGUUUGAAGAAAUGCGCGACAGAGUGAACACAACAACAGGGAUGGAACCUCUCCUAACUAGGGUGUUCAGAGUCGUCCCACAGGAGCAAGAACAGGAGCUAAUAGUGCAGGUUCCAGAUAUUCUCGCAAAAUGUCGGCAUCUUGAAUACGACAGCCGCAUGGAAGCCGACGAAGAUCCGCAGCAGGAAAGAAUCGGUUCCGCCGCCACGGAAGCGACCCUGAGCCACGCUGGCAUUGCUGUUCUGGAGGAGCAAGCACCGAGCUUGUUGCAAUAUUUCAAGGAGGUUGUCGUUCCGGACAUGGAGAAUUACCUCAUCAAAUUUCGCAGUGAAAUGGAUGGCAACGAAACAAGAAAUAAAAAUGAAAGCCUAGGCAAAGCUAAUCAGACCGAUGACCUUGGGGUCACCUUUAAGGAGAUCCCUUGCCAAGAACUGUUGGAGGACGUCCCACUCCUCGUAUUUGCCAGUCCAAACCUGAAACUCCUCGAAGUAAUGAUUCACAACCUCGUAAAGGCGACAAAACUGCCGUACCUGUUUCUCGAAGCACAAAAGUGGAACCAGGAGGUGGAACACGUGCUGUCACAUAAAAAAUGCGACGUCGUCCUCAUCAGCAACCCAAAUAAUGCUGUACCAGAAGAUAUCUGCAAUCAAAUGGCAAGUAUUUUAAGCACGUGUAGUGAAGUGCGAGGAACAAGAGUGAUCCUCCUCACUGCGAACGAGCAGACGGAUCACGUAGCGGCAGCAUUAAGAAAACAGCCCUUUUUCAGUAUCAGUAUGAGGCCGCAUGAACAACUUGCUGCCAACGUCGUAUCUAAAGCUUGUUUCGAAAAUGUUGCGGAGCACUGUAAAAGGAACGUUUUGAGCCGUUCCUGGAUCAACUUCCAGGGGUUCCACGAAAGACUAUCCGAAUGGGAUGAGCCGGAUCUCAACAGCCUCCUCAGUGCCAUGGAUGAAGACACAUUUAUGGCUUUGUGCCAGUCCAAUGAACUUGAUGUAGGUCCGCAAUUGCGGGAAGACGCCGAGGGAUAUUAUGUGAGGAGAACGUGCCAGAAGGGGAGCUUGUACGAAGAGACACAUUUGACAGAAGCAAAUGAGAAGAUCAUUAUUGUCACCGGUGCACCAGGAAUGGGUAAGACUUUGCUGGCGUCUAGAAUAUCCAAGAUGAUAAAGGAAAAGGGAAAUAGAAAAUGGAUGCUUCACGUCGAUCUCCCAGAAUUAAGCAGAGAGCUCAAGUUGCUGAAUUCAGAAGAUAUCUUCAGUGAUCUAGGGAAUUUCGCCGAAAUAUGUGGAGUGAAGAAAGCGGGAACCGGGCUUGCUCUCUUCGAGAAGAGCAUCACAGAAGGAAGCCCUUUCAAAGUUGUGCUAAUUUUGGAUGCGUAUGAUGAAAUGCGCGAAGGUGAUCGUGAAAAGAUCUUACGCGUUGUACACAUUCUAGCUGGUACAGAAGUUUCUAAGGUAUUCGUCUUCAGCCGGUCUGUAUUCAAGCAUGAACUAAGCGAUACAUUGCGAACAACACCUUACGAGCUUCUGCCUUUCACGGUGCAAGAACAAGAGACAUUCCUUAAGCAGUACAACGAAAGAACGACGUCAGAUGCAGUUCCACCCGAAAAUCCUUCUGGAAUACGGAGGUUAGAAGAUAUAUGGAUCCUGUUAAAGGAUGACGAAACGUUACUAGGUACGCCAUUUUACCUUCGCAUGGUCGCGGCACUUGAGAACCGAGAAGUUCUUGAUGACAUUGAUUCCAACGUGUUAAGAAAGGCAUGUAAGUCCACGGGAAGCGAAAAGUACCUAGGCAUCUACGAGAUGGCCAUAGAGUGGAGAUACUUGCAGUACAGAAAAGAAAAGAAGCGUGAAGACAUUGGCAGAGCUUGCGUAAGUGAUGAUGAUGUCAUUUUGAAGGACCAUUUAUACAGCAGCCACCAAGCACUCGCAGUGAAGGCUGUCUUCGAUAAGAAAUUGUGUGGAUAUCUUCUGGGUGAACACGAGAAAGAGAGGUUUCAGAAUGAAACUAGUCCAAUGAAUCCUCUAAAUAAAGCAACAAAAAAUCGCUUAAAGCACGGUCUUCUAGAGGGACUUCGCGACGGCAGACCUGUGUUCAGACCCAGUAGCGUGGCAGAGUUUUGGGCAGCAGAACGUCUCUUCAGCAAGAUAUCCUCUAGUGCAAGCGAUAAGGUGCAUCAUUUGGCUUUCCCCAUAUAUGGAGAAGAUCGUUUCAAAACAGUGACAAGGUUUCUCGACAGUUUUGGAAUGAAGUCAAAUGGAUUUCAUUUUGCCGUUAUGACAAGAAACGCUGUAUAUCUAAGAAGUAGUGCCGGGAACGAGGUGCGGGACACGCUUGAGAGAAAUCCAUGGCACAUCGCUGCACUGCAUGCUGACGAAGACACCAUAUCCGUGCUUUCUAGUACUGAAACGAGAUCACUAGAAGAGAAAGACAAGUUAGGUGUUACACCGUUGGACUAUGCGCACCAACAACACGAGUGGACUAAACUGCAUUCAAUAUGCUCUCAGUGUAGCAAUACCACACUUGUGGCCAACUCUGAACUGCAGUUACAGAUAACUGUUUCGCGUGAGUUAAAAGAUAUGGAACAGUGGCUCCUGCGUGAGCGUGUUCGUUGCCCUGGCAAUUCUGCUGACAGAGCGUUGUUUUUCUACAUCAAGUCAGUGGCAGAACUAGAAAGGCGUACAUCUUCCGACACCGUACGGUUUGUGGACCAUACUUGUAUGGUGCCAACCAAUAAGAUUGACGAUGAGCAGAUUUCUGAAUUGCUUGAUGAAGUAAGACGCAGAGCGACACACAGCAAUAACGACCACGGAGGCCGGGAUGCUCUAACAACGAUCGAUUCCCUGGUAGAUGAUACGGAUGAGAUCAUACGUGCGCACGAUGCAGUUAACUGUCGGUGCUGGGCUGUCAUUAUGGUCUUGCAAAGUGAUUUCGAGACGACCGGAGCUCUAGCAUAUCAGGAGCAACAAGAGAUGCCAUUUACUCACAUGUGGUUUGGUCCAAGCCGCGGCUGCCGAGAAAGCGAGGAAAGUCCGAGCGUUCAGAAGGGCCACCAGAGUAAGCGGUCUGAAAGUAGCUCUUCAAAAGAUGAACAGUAUUCGGAUAAAUGGAGAGAAACUCCGAGAGUUCUUGAGGGUCCUGAUCCUAAGAACUCCGAAACAAGCUCAACGAAUGAUGAAGAGUCUUCUGAUAAAUGGAGAGAUCAGCGAAUCAGUAUGCACAAGGCUAUAGAUGAAAGGAACGUUGAUGGUGUCAAAAAGUGCCUCCAGAUCGCCCCCCAUCUCAAGCGUUGGCUGCAUCCGUCAACUAAGGAGACAGCGCUACACUGUGCGGUUAAAAAACAAAGAAUGUCCAUUUGCCGCCUUCUACGGAACCACGGGUGCGGCACGGAACCUGGAGAAACGUCAGAUUGCUCUCGCGAAACUGCAAACGUUGAAGCCUUUAUGCGCCGGUUCCACGACGAGAACACGACUCAGACGCUGAAAAGUCACACAGAAAGCGUUCCAGAAACCGCAGACAAUGAGAGAAGGACAGGUGACUUCUAUCACGCCUUACAGGCUAAUGAUUUGCUCAAGCCCAUGCUCAGUGUAUCAGCGACAUCACAACGUGUGAAAGUCACCCUGAAUUACGAUAAGGAGAGCAUAGACACAGUCGCGGGGGCCCUCGAAAACCCCAAGCGUGGUUUCGCUAAUUUGGAGACGGAAACUAUUUGCGUCGCGGCUAAGAGGGAAAAACCCGAAGUUCUUGGAACUCUCGCUCAUGAGAUCUGUCAUUUGGCCCUCCAUUUUGUUUACAGGAAUGGUGGUAAGCCAUACUUGCAAACAGACAGGGAAAGGGCACUGCUCUAUGACACAAUAUUAUGUAACAUCAGGAAGAACCAAGAUAAAACUGCCUGGCUCCUUAGAGACGUUCCGAGAGAGCACGAUAAGGAAGAACUAAUUGCCUAUGUUCCUGAUCUCCUCGCCCAGUAUGGUAGCCCCGGGGGUGAAAACAUUUUGGAGAAGCAAGCACCAGAACUCUUCGAUUUCUUUAAGAACGUGGUCAUCCCAGAUAUGAUCGCUUACACGAAAAACAGGUUCCCUACUCGGGAUCAAGCGAGAAUCGAGGUCGAGAACCGACGUCUUAAACACGCCGACGAAACGGAAGACCGUCAGGUGAAGUUAAAGAGAGAUCUCGACUACCGUGACCUACCAGAUGCUCCAGUUCUAAUCCUUACGGCUCCGAACUUGACAGUGCUAGAAAUAAUGGCUUACAAGGCUAUUAAGUCUACAGAGCAGACGCACCUGUUUCUCAGAUCUUCGCAGUGGAACCCCAGACUCCAGGAUGUUCUGUUUUCAAACUGUUGCAUGUGGGUGCUGCUAACUUGUGAUCAGGACGCAGGUGCCCAGUUCCAGAACAUGCUCGAACUCUUCAUUGAGCUAAAUGAAGCGGCUGGCACAAAGGUUAUAGUACUCGCGCAAGAAGACAAUGUCAAGAACCUGGUCCAAAGACUAGAAAAACAUCCAUUCCUCGCAAACGGUCACAAGGUCAUGAAUGUUUCAGACGCCCAUUUGGACAUGGUUACAGAAGACACAAAACGUAGUAUUCUCCGAACGUCACGAAUAUGCUUUCAAGGUUCUCCAAAACUUCUACCGCUCGAAGACCUGCUAGAUUUAACGAGAGAAGAUGGAAUACCUGACGAAGUUACGUGUUUAAUGUCAUGCCAGCUCAAGACGAUUGAGGUAGGACAGCCUGUUCCCCAACUUGACCAACACGUCAGUGAGCAUUAUGUUGAGCGUGAGUGUGAAAGAUGUGUUGCAAUUGAUGUUUUAAAACUUCGGCCCGGCCCAGACGAAGCCUUUGUACUCUGGGGAGAUGAAAUAUUCAGAUUUCUAGACAGAAUGAGUCCUAGCCAACAAAUCUGUUCUUUUACCCGGGUGCAACAGUUUAAGUCUUUUGUGCACGUUGAAUGCAUUGAUGAAUAUAAGGCUAUUGUGGAAAAAAAGGAAUAUAAAGAUAAAGUCGUGCACCUGUUACAGUAUGACGCUGCAUCCCGAAGUUUCCGCUUGGUUGAGACCAAUGGCCCCUCGAGUCAUCUUCCAAUGACAGGAAAAAAAACCUGUACUGAGAUGGAUCCCGUGAACCAAGAGAAAGUUGUAGUCAUCUGUGGGCAUCCAGGGAUGGGAAAAAGUUCGCUUGCACUUCGACUAUGCAACAUGAUUAAGCAGAGAGGAGAGAGACACUUGGUGCUGUACGUUGACCUUUCUAAAAUGAACCGGUUCUUAAGAUCGCUAGAAAAAGAUGAUGAACCUGGGCAAAUUAAGCGACUUGCAGCACUAUGUGGUAUGAAAGACGACGGACUCGAGUUCAUGUUAUUCCAACGAAGCAUCAAAACCGGAGGUCCUUUCAAGGUAACUGCAGUCUUUGACGCGUUUGACGAAGUUGAAGCAGGCAGUCGGAAAAAUGCACUCAGUCUCAUAAAGUUCUUGACACGAACAGAGGUCUGGAAGGUAUUUGUCUUUAGCCGCAGUGUGUUCAAGACUACUAUACAGGACACGCUAGGUGCAAUACCUUUUCAGCUAUCUCCGCUUGCAACUGCAGGUAAAGUGAAACUUGUAAGAAACUAUAGGAAACGACCACUAGUGGCAGCUCGCGUUGAAGGAUGUCCGGAACCAAAUAUGUUGUGGAGGUUGUUAAUGUUACCAGACGUUUCAGGAAAUCCUUGCAUGUUUCGAAUGACAAUGGGCGUCAUGGAAGACGAGAGAUCGAGGGACUUCUUGAUUCCACUCGAUAUGCGAACCACUUGCAAUGAAAACCUUGCAACGUUAUUCAGAAAGCUUGCAGAGCACAUGUACAUGAUUUACAAAAAAGCAAAAAGGAACGAUGAUGUCCUCCUUUCCGCUUGUCAAGACGACUAUGAUGUGUUGGGAAAACAGUUCUACCAUGACCACGAGCUCCUGGCUGCCAAGGCUACGCUGGGUGACGAACUCAGCAAGCAGGUGCUGACUGAUGAAGAACGAAAAGAACUGGAGACACGAGUAAUGAAGCUUGUCGCUGAGAAUCGUUUGAGACAAGGCUUUAUUGAUGGAGAAAUCAAUGGGCACCCUGUGUUUGUAAACAAUAUAUUUGAAGCGUACUUUACGGCACGGCUGCUCUCCCGCAAGGUAAGCACAAAAAGAAGUCCCAACACUACGAGAAUUGUUCGAGACAUGUACUCGGGCGCUACCUAUGGACGCUGUAUUGUUCAUCUCGGUUGUCUUGAAGAAGCCAUCUCCAUGAGCGUUAAAGCCCUGAAGGACUUCAGUGCCAUGUGCUCGACACUCAGCAGCACAUUCGCGUGUGUUGAGAAACAGACCUCAAAAGGCGUUGCCAGCAAGGUUUCCCAAGGAAUGAAAGAGCAAAGAAACUACGAGCAAUACCUCGACAUCCUGUGUUACCUAAGCGAAGCCAUCAUCAAACAUUUGGAGUCCCUGAUUCGAUACAAUGUACGCUCUGUUGGUGCAGAUAAAGUUGUCUCCAUGAGUCCCACCGAGGUGGAGCAUGAUCGAGGCAGUUACCAGAAGGACAAGAAGGACGAGAUCUUGAGCAGGCAUUCUACAAGUGUUCUAGAAGCCGUUGAAGCCAUUCACCACUCACUGGAAGCCUGUAUGCGAAUGUUCAAGAGUCUCACCAAGGUCGAGCUUGAUCAUUGCAGUUACCAGCAGUCCACGCCUCAAAAUGAACUCGCUGUCAUUCUUCUUGAGAGCGCGAUAUUACAGUGCUUUUAUGUUGUGACCACCUUGAUCGUAGAGCACUCGAAAUACGAUACAAAGCAGAAGGACCUUAAUCUGAAAUUCCUGAAUCGUAUUCCGGAAGCCUUAAAGCUGGGUGACUACGACUGCAUCAUACGCGAAUUCCGUGCCUUUGUGCACAGCGCGACUACCAUCUUGGGGCACCGCAGAGACACGUACUCAAAAUUGAGUUCUACAGGCGAUGAAUUUGACUUAGAGAGGGGGAGCAUCGUGGACAAGUUCUCGCAAGUCCUGACAUUCUUUGAUAGUUCCGGAGCUGCAUGUUGCUCGAUUCAUACCGCCAUCAUCAAUGGUGACUCUGUGGAUAUCAAUGAAGGAAGUAUGAACAUGCUUGACGAGCAUGGAAGAACACCGCUUCAUGUGGCAGCAUUGUAUGCCAACCCAGAGAUCUUGAAGAAGCUUCCAUUGACUGACAAGCUGCCCGGUGAAGACUUGUUGGGCAUGACCCCGCUGAUGUACGCCGACAUAACCUGUGUAUGGCGUUGCUUAGACAUACUCUGUGAGCGUUACAAGGACGACAGCAUCAAAUGGGACGAUCAGAUUCCGACAGUAUGUAGAAAUAUUAGGACAGAAAAUCGCCUCGACAAGUCUGUGCUGUGCGAGUGUAUCGAAGAGGAACUGCAUCACCUCUUAAACAUAAUCCUCAGUCAGUUUUGCUCAUUGGUUUAUCACGGCGGGGAGAAAGACAAAACUCCGGAACGUGUACGUGUCGACUCCAAAAGGGGCGACCGUGGUGAGACUCCUCUCUUCAGGGCUAAGUCGUUGACUGUUUUCCUGCUUCUUCUCCCUUACUCUAAUCUUCAGGCCGUGGAUAGCAGGAAGCGUACACUGCUGCAUCAAUGUGCCAUGGAAGGACGUGUGGACAUUGCCGAACGUGUUCUCAUUCGGUUCGCUACCAGCGGAGAUGAGACGUGGCGCGAUACGCCGCUUGGCUUGGCCGUUCGGUACUGGCAAAACGAUGUCGUGAAACUGCUGAUACCACAUUUCCCUGCUGACGUUGAGGCUAUUUGUAUGAGGCUGCAUGAAUGGAAAGACUCCGCAACUCGGCUCUACGAACGCCACCUCUCAAUAUUGAAGUUGCUUCAUCCUCAUUCAAGCCGUUUAUUUCAACUAGGUGUUCCUUAUACAAUCACGAUGUGUAAUGACUGUGACACUAUUUUAUACUUACUUCCUUAUUUGAACGUCCAUGCUACUGUUUUUUAUCAGUAUGGUCACUAUCAAUUAUUCGAACAAUCUGAGAGGUAUUAUCGGAAACGCAGGGGCAUGGAGACGUUGCGCAUGAUUAAGGUGAUCAAGCUGUUUCUCUUGCAUUCACUCGUAAGUGACUGGGCAAUGUUCAUGCGUGCAGGCGCUGAUGACCAGAAUUUAUGUGACAUUGUAAAACCGGUGCUUCCACACUGUGACAUUAGCGAGCUACGCAACCUGCUGCAGUUGUUAUAGCCACGUAAAGGCAAAUAAUACGUGCUUCAGGUACUACGCCGAAUAAAAGAUCAAGUAUGGCCUUAAGGGCGUCUCCGGAAGAGUUUGUACGAUGGCAGACUGAAACUGUCGUGGUUCCAACUCUGCACUGUAGUCAACCUCUGAAACAAUAAAAUCUUGUUGGUGACUGUU